AUGAAUGAGAUAAUUACUCCGAGUGAGGCGGAUUGGCUUCAACAUCUAGAAAAGAAGUCUCCUGGGAUUUCUUUGCAUAAGGCUCAUGAGGUAGCAAUGAAGCAAGAUGCAAAAAUGCUUGCAGAAUUCGAGAAGCUUUUCGAUGCCAAGUUUGAGAAUUUGAUGAGGCGGGAACGACUCCCUGAAAUAAAGAGGCUAGACCUGGCUGCCCUGGAGAUAAAAAUGGCAGCGAUUGAAAAGAAGAGAAAGGAGGAGUCCGAGCGCGAGGACUCAUCAACGAAUGAAGGAAAGUGCGUCGCCUCGUCAAGUAAGGAAGGAACGGAAUCAUGCUUUGUCGACACAGAAUCCCAAUCCUCGAGCCAAGACGAAGCACCAGGAACAGACGCUCAGCCAUCACUAGAAGAGCUCCAAAGGAACUUCGACCUCGCCAAAAGCAACUGGAAUAAUGUAAGAAAGGUGUUCAUUAAAAACAGGAAAAAUCUCGUGAGAGAAUACCAGCAAAAAAUAUGAAAGGAUCCCUGGAGGUUACCCAAAACAGGAACCCCACCAAGGACAUCUCGUGUUGCCAUUUGUGAAGAGUACUCUCGUCAUCAUGUGUCUUACCCACGGCCUUACUCAGGAUCUAGAGAAUCGUUCUCUCUUCAUCGGACCGCGGAAAGAUACACCAGGAAGGCACAGUGUCGAGUUUCUAGGGAUGUUCAAACUGGAUCCCGUGAUUUACGAAUAUGUCUCCCAAAUAUUCUCCAGCAUCAAAAUUGCUAUAGGUCGAGGAACACUUUCCGCAAGAAUGCUCAAAUUUCAUGAAGAUCACUUUGACUACAGUAAAGACUGGCCAGCUUUUGUCAGAGGGACCCGUAAUGGAUCGAGAGCCUUGCUCAGGAGCGGAAGCUUUGAGAAAUUUAAGGGCAAGCUUCUGGCACAGGAAGCUCAUAUAAAAAAGCGCAAAGAUGAAUGUGCUAUGCUCAUCCACAUUGUAGCUGCUUUAAAUCCUAGAUUAGCUUUGUUCAAAGAGUCCCUCAGUAUAGCCAUGGAUAAUGGAACGAUCAAAAAGGACGUUAUGGGCAGGACUUUGGAGGGACAGUCGUUGAAGUGGAAGGGCUUUUUGAGGGGCAUUUUGUAAGCUUGAAGUUCUACACUUUCUCUCUUCCUUUCUGUGAGGGUAUUAAAACAAUUAAUAACUGGAGCAGGGCUAGACAAUGCAUCGGUCACUUGGCCGGGAAAGAAAAAGGCCAUUUGGAGAUGGAGAAGAAACGGAAGAUCGACGAGGAGGAAAAAACGGACGGCAUUUGGGUCAAUGAACGGAAAGCAAGGCUCAUGCCAACAUCUGACAGACUCAACAAGAAGGUGAAGGUCAAGAUCAAGCAGUAG